ACAGAUAAAUAUGUAAAAACUGCAAGUGAGCUAGCUUGGAGCAUAUGGAAGAUAUUUUAGGGAAAAAAGAUAACAUCUUGAACGAAAAGUUCACAGAACCUAUGAUGUCAUCAAAACAAAUCAAAUCUUAGAAAGUAUUAAAAUAUUACUUUUGCGUUAUGUUUGUCUUCAGCGCUCCAAAAUAUAGAACUUGGGCGAUAAAAUUUUGAUAAAAUAGGUAACGCUAAUUAAGUGCAAAUGGAAGCUUAUCAGUAACUUUUUAUGCGGUCAGCCAUCACUUCUGAGUUUCGCUGUGUGGUAUCGACUUUGGGACCAGAUCCGCCUGUAAGGCCCUCUGCCUGACGUGAUGCCAGACCAGACGCUGAAGGAGCUGGACAGAACUGUGCGCCGGCUGGUGCGCGGCGAGGGUGGUUUCACGCUGGACCAACUCAGCGAGGCUGUGGCAGAGAUCCUGAUAGAUGAGACUACACUUGCUGUUUGCUUUGAUGUGCACCGGGCGGCCAAGACGGGUGAGAUGGAGGCGGAGGGGAUGGACGGCGACGAACAGGACGAGUUCCGGCUGCUCGACCCGCCGGCGCCCGGCCUGGACGUCCUCGGACAGCCGGAGCUGAUGAAGCGGCCGCCCGACGCCAAGUGCCCCGUCUGCGCGCGCAGCAUCGCCUGCACCCGCUUCGCGCCGCACCUGGAGAAGUGCGUCGGACUGGGCCGCAACUCGUCCCGGCUGGCCAGCAAGAGGAUCGCCAACAACCAGCGCGAGACCAACUACGGCCUGAGCGAGGACGAGGAGGAGGAGGAGUGGACCGGAGAGAGGAAGAAGAAAAAGAGGGAUAAACUGUCGCCGCGCAGGAAUAAGAACCGUAAGAACGGCGGCGGCGACAAGGACUCCGACACCAAGUCGAACCCGUCCAACCCGUCCUCAUCGCCGUCGACACCCGAGCAGGCGAUCCAGUUCGAGCAGCUCACAGAGGAGGAGCGUAAGGUGCUCUUCAGUCAGGUAUGCGGCGUGAUUUCCGAGAGCACCCGCCACAUGUGCACCCACUCUGUGCGCUGUCAGAAGCACAGCGACACCCAGCGUCGUACCGUACGAACGGCGCUCUUCGGCGACGGCUGCGAUCUGGCCACUCACUCCGGCGAGUGGCUGGAGGAGGGCGCCCUUAAGGACAGCCUCAGCAAGCUGUGGGAGAAGGCCUCGCGCGCCUCCUCGCCGGCAGAUUCAACCUCCACGGUAGCCUCGGCAGGAUCGACUCGCAAGGUCAAGGGAAAGCGCGGAAAGCCGAAGCGGGUCAAGGUGCACGUUUCGCAGCCGAGUAGUGUGUGAGAGGGAGAGAGAGUAGGGAGAGGAGCUGGUGGAGGGAGUGGUGAGAGGAGGAGCGGAGGUGACCGCUGAGGUGUGGGAAAGCAGGGUCCGUGGUGUGGCUCGGUUGGUCCGAUCGUCGGGAGAACGCCGGCUCUCUACGGCGGUCCUCCGGAGUGAAGCCGAGGUGAAGAGAUGCUGGCACGAUCCUGGUGGUUGGGUAGACGGUGUGAUACGGUUGUGCUGUGGUACCGUGCUUCAAGGGUCGACUGGCGCUCUGUGCAUCUGGAAAAGUGUCGACGAGUGGUGCUGAGCAGGUCGGCUGGUGCCGCGUGGUCAGAGGAACGGGUGGUGCUGGUACACCAAGUUAGUGCCCCGGUGAAGUGAGAACCACCGGUGUCCGGCUCUCACUGACUGAGCUUAUAACGCGACUGGAGCAGGAACACUGAGCUGGUGAGUUGGUCUGAGUUUCCGAUGAGCUGUCUCACCGCUGGCGGUGCGAUGAGCCGGCGCUCGGAGUGCAGAAUUAACGUUGAGUACAGAGAUAGUCGUUUGGUGUCCGGAGCUGCAGUCGUUGUAUGUGCUGAGCCUCUCGGUAGCCAGAGCCGAGCCGGCUCUCGGUUUACUUAGCAGAGCGGUGCUUUCUCUUGUCCCGGCCACCAUAGACGGGGAGGCACCUGGCGGCGUGUUCGGUGCUGAGCUGAAAGCCAGGUCUGUCUCCCAUCUAGCUCCGAUGUGUUAAAUGUGAUACCAUCCUUGCUUAAUCUUGUGUUCACACUGACAAGUCUGUCAUUUUGAAGUGAUUUAUUUUCUUGCAGUAGUUAACUGCAGACUGGCAGCAGUGCUGAAGAUCAGGAACUCUUCUUUACGCUUAGAGUGCAGAUGCAUUACCGUUUCGUUUCCCAUGUUUAGCCUGUGUAGAGCAUGUGGCGCCCUCUUCCCAGAUGUGAUAGGGGUGGCGCCGGCGGGCUAGCAGAGCCCUUGCGCGGGUCAGUUUUGCGUGAUUGGGUCUAUUAUGAGCCCAGAGAGAUCUUGUUACUGGCAUGGCUUGUGGCCCCCAUAAGUCGGUCAUGAUAACUUUGACUUGAGUUGGUCGCGGGAUGCUGUGAGCUGCGUCUUGUGAUCGGAAAGGACCUGUAAAUACCUGGCGCGUAUGGGUAGAAGUGCAAACCACCGAGAUUAUCUUACGUAACGCUGAGCUAAGUUUACAGGUGAGGUGUCCUGUGAAUACAUUUUUUCGUCUCCA